UAAUGCCAAAUAUUUGACACACCAAACCCACAAAAAUAAAGAGAGAUUUUAAAUGUUAGUAUAAUAUUUGGCGCACAUAAACAAUAUAAAUACACAAUUCCAAAGUAAUUAUGUUGCGGCAGGCAAGAAAGAAGAGAAAGAGAGAGAAAAUUAAGGAAUUUUCUUAAUAGUUGAAUUUGAAAGAACUACCGAAAUCGGUAUGCAGGGGCAGGGGCAGGGAGGCUCAAAAACUUCAGUCCUCAAUUGUAUUGAUCUCUCCACUCCCGACCUUCACCAAUCUGUUUCAUUACUUAAACAGAAGGCCUGUCUGGAUUCGGGAUUUUUCUACGUCGUAAACCACGGGAUAAGCCAGGAGUUCAUGGACGAGGUUUUUGCACAGAGCAAAAGGAUGUUCGAACAACCAUUAAGUGAGAAAAUGAAGCUUUUAAGGAAUGAGAAACAUAGGGGUUACACCCCUAUUCUUGACGAGCUUUUGGACCCUGAAAACCAACUUAAAGGAGAUUAUAAGGAAGGAUAUUAUAUUGGAGUGGAAGUAGCUGAAGGUGACCCAGAAGCAGAAAAACCAUUUUGUGGUCCAAAUGUUUGGCCUGAGCCAGAACUACUUCCUGGAUGGAGAGAGACAAUGGAGAAUUAUCAUCGAGAGGCUUUAGAGGUGGCAAGGGCAGUUGCUAGGAUAAUAGCUCUUGCACUUGAUCUGAAGGUUGAUUUCUUUGACCAGCCAGAAAUGCUUGGCGAGCCUAUUGCAAUCUUGCGCUUACUACGCUACGAAGGUGGAAUUUCAGAUCCAUCAAAGGGGAUAUUUGGAGCUGGAGCUCAUUCUGACUAUGGUUUGAUUACCCUCUUGGCAACAGAUGGCAUCCCAGGUCUCCAAAUAUGCAAGGAUAGGGAUGCUAAGCCUCAGAUAUGGGAAGAUGUACCACCACUAAAAGGAGCGUUUAUUGUGAAUCUUGGUGACAUGCUGGAGCGCUGGAGCAACUGUGUUUUCAAGUCCACAUUGCACAGAGUUUUGGUGAAUGGUCAAGAGAGAUAUUCAAUGGCAUAUUUCGUUGAACCUAGUCAUGAUUGUCUUGUUGAGUGCUUGCCAACCUGCAAGUCAGAAAAUAAUCCUCCCAAGUUUCAGCCAAUCUUAUGUCAGACUUACUUGAGCCAACGGUAUAAUGAUACUCAUACUGAUCGGAGCGUAUACAAAAAACCUCAAACUUAAAUUUUGCCACAAAAUAUGUUUUGAAGGCGUAAGAGUAUAGGCCUGUGAUUUCUUCUUAAAGCAUUUGUCUCCUUUGUGUUGUAUAUAUAGUUAUUCUCAUCAUUUGCAUGAGUCUCCAAUAAGUAUAAGAAAGCGAGUGAAAUAAGAAGCAAGAGUGGUGUGUGGUGUGUGUGGCAAAAUGUAAUGUUAUAAGUAUCAAUAAAACUUCUCUUUUAUUGAGAA